AUGAGCUCCUUCCUCGCUUUUGGCAAGGAUUACGUCGCUUCAAAUUAUGAGAAGACUGGCAAUCCUGUGUAUCUUCACAUUCAGCAGAUGAAGAAGCCGAUUCCUGAGAUCCGGCCUCUCAAGAAACCGACGUUGCUCGCCAUUGCGUUGAAACUGAACCCUAGUUUAGGGGAAUUUAUUGCCAGUUGUUUGUCGGUGACGUCUUGGUAUCGGUAUCACCAUUUCUUGAAUCUAGAAGGGGGAAAUGAAUACAAUUUUCAAAGUAUAUGGAUAUUUGAUAUCCAUAUACCAUUGGAUAUACAGAGAAUUUGGAAAAGGAAUUUGGGCAGAGAUGACAGGUGCAUCUCUGACCAUGGAAAGGAGGCUAGAUUUCCAUUUCUGGAUGAGGAUGUAAUUAAAUCUCUACUGGAACUUCCCUUGUGGGAGAUUGCUGAACUCGACGAACCUGCUGGAAGAGGUGAUAAAAAAAUUUUGAGGGAGGUUGCAAGAUUGCUUGGCAUUGAAGGAACAUCUCUUCUACCCAAAAGAGCCAUUCAGUUCGGUUCAAGAAUUGCUAGAGAAUCGAACCGAAAGACUUUUGGAAGCAAUCGUGUAGAAAAUCAAGCAUCAGCUGGGAGUGUUGAAAUUUGGGAGAAAUAG